AUCCGCACGUGUACUUCUCUGUCGUUUUUGCUCUGUCCAGACUGUAGCAACAAAGCUAGCAUUAUUAGCAGCACUGCUAAGCACAAGUUCCAUUCAUUUGUUGAAGCUGUCCCAGCUAACGGUGCACUUUUAAAAACCCAGCUAAUUUGUCACUAUUGAAGGGGGCCUCUUCCGGUCACGCGGACCCAUCAUGUAUCGUGCCAAACCAACCCUGAAGGACCGACAGCACCUGUACAGGCUUAUCAUAAGCCAGCUGCUCUACGACGGAUACACCAACAUCGCCAACACUCUCAUCACUGAGGUCAAACCACAGAAUGUAGUGUCGCCCUCUGAACAGCUCAUGCAGCUGGCAAAGAUAGGGAUGGAGAACGAUGACAGUGCAGUUCAGUACGCCAUCGGGCGCUCAGACACAGUGGCGCCAGGUGUGGGCAUUGAUCUGGAGUUUGAUGCCGAUGUGCAGACCAUGUCCCCUGAGGCGUCGGAGUACGAGACCUGCUACGUGACGUCCCAUAAGGGCCCGUGCCGCGUCGCCUCAUACAGCCGCGAUGGCCAGCUGAUUGCCACUGGCUCUGCGGACGCUUCCAUCAAGAUCCUGGACACGGAACGGAUGCUGGCCAAGAGCGCCAUGCCUAUUGAGGUGAUGAUGAAUGAGACGGCGCAGCAAAACAUGGAAAAUCACCCCGUGAUUCGGACACUGUAUGACCACGUAGACGAGGUCACCUGCCUCGCCUUCCAUCCCACUGAACAGAUUCUAGCCUCUGGCUCAAGAGAUUACACCCUCAAGCUGUUUGACUACUCCAAGCCCUCUGCAAAAAGAGCAUUUAAAUAUAUACAGGAAGCCGAAAUGCUGCGUUCAAUCUCCUUCCAUCCAUCGGGCGACUUCCUGCUGGUGGGAACGCAGCACCCCACCCUCCGCCUUUAUGACGUCAACACCUUCCAGUGCUUUGUGUCCUGCAACCCGCUGGACCAGCACACGGACACCAUCAGCGGCGUGGGCUACAACCCCAGCGCCAACAGCUACGUCAGCUGCAGCAAGGACGGCAGCAUCAAGCUGUGGGACGGCGUCUCCAACCGCUGCGUGACCACCUUCGAGAAGGCCCACGACGGAGCCGAGGUGUGCUCCGCCAUCUUCUCCAAGAACUCCAAGUACAUCCUGUCCAGCGGCAAAGACUCCGUGGUCAAACUGUGGGAGAUCUCCACUGGCCGGACCCUGGUCAAGUACACAGGGGCGGGGCUGAGCGGCCGUCAGAUGCAUCGCACUCAGGGCGUGUUCAACCACACGGAGGACUACGUGCUGCUGCCGGACGAGCGCACCAUCAGCCUGUGCUGCUGGGACUCACGCACGGCUGAGAGGAAAAACCUGCUGUCUCUGGGACACAACAACAUCGUCCGCUGCAUCGUCCACUCGCCCACCAACCCCGGUUUCAUGACCUGCAGCGACGACUUCAGGGCCCGCUUCUGGUACCGCCGCACCACCACAGACUGAGGCGUGUCCCGCCUCCACGCUCCUACACCUCCUAUCCCCUCUCACUUCAUCUACACUUGUCUUAGAAGUAAUGGGGAUGCUGGACUCUACCUUCUCCGUGACCUCAGUGAACUCCUCACUUCCUCCAGUUCCGUGGUGACUUUCAUUUUCAUUUAAUUUGCAGUGGAACUUGUGGGACAGUACUUAAAGGGUAAUUUCUAUAUUUUUCAACUUCGUUGUACCCAUAGGCCGUGGUUUCACUUGUCUUUUCAGCAUGACUUCUGUGAUCGGUAGGGGACAUCAGAACUCAGUCAGCAUAUGGGUCUUGACUGACCGAAUAGUGAUCGGUUAUAUUUGGUGGUCAAAGGAGCGGCUGUAAAACGGUGGAUAAACACAUUUAGUUUCCAAAAAUACUUCGCAAAAGAAGUCCCCCCCAUUAUUUUGUUUACCUCAGGACUCAGACAGCAGGUCUGAGCUCUGCUCCUGUCCCAAUUUUGCUCCUCUCUUUGAGAUAAACAUGACGGAGAAGUAUGUUUGAUAAAUUGUCCGGAUUGUGCCCACUUGCUGUCCACACCUCACAGAGAUCAGAACUCAAAGCGAGCCAGGCCGUGUCGGUAUGCAGUCUGGCUGAUCGGAUCCCAAUGUGAGCGAGAUCCGAUCUCGGAGCAUACAGACUUGACAGUUCAUACGUCCUGGUACGAUCGGAUGACAACAUUCUCAUUAAAAAGAGUAACCACGGCCUGAGAGACAAACAUGGCAAAUAAGGUUGCUGGUAAACAUACUGAAGAUCGCCUUUUAAGAGCAAAGUACCAUUUCUUUAUAUGUUUUCUCUUUUUGAUAACACUUUGUGAAUGAUACCCAGAACCUGUGUUUUAAAGUCUGACCUUUUUUUUUUUAAUCCUCUCUGCCCAGACACUUCAGAUUUCUCAGCUGUCUGUCGUCAUUGACAACGGAGUUGUUUUGUUGUCUUAUUUUCUCUUUUCUAUUUUGUCUGCAUCCCUUGUUGUAAUUCAGUAAUUUUUUUAGCAAACGAUUAAAAGGAACAAGCCUCUCCUGUGAAUGUGAUGGUGAAAAGUCCCCUUUCAGAGCUCCUAAACCACAGCUAUGGUAAUAUCCUGUGAGUAUUUUAAGACCACAGUUGUUGCUGCAAAAAGCUAGCAAC